GAAAAAAAACAUGGUUGUCUCUCAAAAGUUUUUGAUUUCUUUCCUUUGAUCCGCAUUAUCCGUAGAUCAGUCUAGUCCCGCACACAAUAACCAUAUCGAAACAGAGUACGUUUUCAAUGGUAGUAUUUGAGUUGUCAAUGUUCAGGUUUUGGAAGAGGCCAUCCAAUCCCAAAGGAGGUCCGGGAGAUAUAGAGGUUGGUCUCGCCGCCGCCGGCGGCUACUCAAAUGAUGAUGUUGCCGUUCCACACCUUCCUGAAGAUCUUGGUGGUGGCUCUGUCCCUGAAGCUGAGUCAGGCGAUUUGGAAGCCGGUCUUGUUACUACUGAUCUCCCGAGCUCGUGGAGGAGGGGUACGUUGAAGAGAGUAUCUCGCGCGUUGGCGUUUUAUCGAGUGAUAAGCGAUAUGUUGAGGAGGAACACAACAUCUGAUGACCAAUCACUUGUACAACAUGAUGAUGACGACCAAGAAGCAGAGCAAUCAGCAAACGAACCUUCAACUUCUGGCGGAUUUGGGAUUGGAUUGGACGAACUCGUUCAACUUGUCAAAGAUGGUGGUAGCCUUGAAGCUUUGAAUCGAUAUAAUGGGGUUCAUGGGUUAACAACUCUGCUCAAGACUGAUCUAAAAUCGGGCAUAGAUCCUUGUGUGGAUGAGAUACAGCAUCGCAGGAACACUUUUGGGUCUAAUACAUACCCUUCCAGAAAGGGAAAGAGAUUCUGGUGCUUUCUCUGGAGAGCUUGCAAGCUUUCUCAUUUCCUGGUUAUCUUCCUUGCUCAAGUAAUUCUUUCACUGCUGCGAGUUAACACAAAGGGUAUCUUCGAUGGAUGGUACGUAGAAGCUUGCAUCAUUUUGGCCAUUCUUCUUUACAUCAUUGUGAGAGCUAUCAUCGAGUACAAGCAGUCUCGUCAGUUUGAAAUCUUGAGAAAGGAGAAGAGAAACGUACACCUAGAGGUUAUUAGAAGUGGCAGAAGAUUCUUGGUUUCUAAUUAUGAUAUUGUUGUGGGCGAUAUUGUACCCCUCAAGAACGGUGGUCAGGUACCUGCAGAUGGUGUCCUGUUUGUUGCAAACUCAUUGAUAGUUGACGAGCAAGAAAUAACUGGCUCAGACGAAUAUGUUCAAAAAGAUCUCCAAAGAAAUCCGUUCCUGUUAUCUGGCUCAAAACUGAUAGAUGGCAUAGGUACAAUGCUGGUUACAAGUGUUGGAAUGAACACUGCAUGGGGGUUUAAGAUGGAGAUUCCACAAGAGACAGACGAAGAAAAGCCUUUUCAGGGAUACCUGAAAUGGCUUGCGAUUUCUGCCAGCUGGUCCUUCGUUUUGUUCGCUUCAGUUGCCUGUAGUGUUCGAUUAGGCCGAUACUUUAGUGGUUGGACCAAAAAAUCAGAUGGAACUCCAAUGUUUAUUUAUGGAAUCACUACUGCUGAUGAAGCAACAGAAUUUGUGAUCACAUCCCUGAGUUUUGGGAUUGCUACGAUAGUAGUGGCAGUGCCUUUUGGACUUUCUAUAGCCGUUCGCUUGAACCUUGCAAAGACAACGAGGAAAAUGAUGACCGACAAACUUUUGGUGCAAUCACUCUCUGCAUUUGAAAGAAUGGGAUCUGUUACAACUAUAUUGUGUCAUCAAACUGGAAUUUUAACUUUGAAUCAGAUGUCUGUGGUUGAUGUCUGGGCUGGAGGAAUGAGAAUGCAAGAUAUGGAUAAUGUUUCACAGUUGCCCCCGUUUCUUAAAGAACUAAUCAUAGAAGGCAUUGCCCAAAACACAAAUGGCAGUGUUGUUUUUGAAACGGGAGUCACUGAACCAGAGCUUUAUGGAUCACCAACAGAACAAGCUAUUCUUAGCUUUGGGAAUAAGUUGGGAAUGAAAUUCAAUCAUGCUAGGUCAGCAUCAUUAGUCCGUCAUACUAUACCAUUCAGCCCAAAAAAGAAAUAUGGAGGCGUGGCACUACAGAUUGGUGCACACGCCCACGCUCAUUGGAAAGGAUCUGCAAAAACUAUUCUGAGUUCAUGUGAAAGGUAUAUGGAUGGGGCCAAUAACCCCAGAGGCAUUGAUGAUGAGAAACGAAAGUUUUUUGAAGGAACAAUUGAAGAGAUGUGCAACAAAGGAUUGCGUUGUGCAGCACUUGCUUAUCAACCUUGUGAACUGGAAAGUCUUCCAACAACCAUUAAGGAACCUCGAAACCUUGUUUUGUUGGCUAUUAUUGGUAUAAAGGAUCCUUGCCGGCCAGGCACAAGGGAUGCGAUCCAACUGUGCAAUUCCGGAAGUGUUAAGGUUUGCAUGGUGAUGGACUAUGACGUUUUGACUGCACAAGCAAUAGCAAUUGAAUGCGGGAUACUGACAGAUGCAUCUGGCCGUAAUAUAAGGACAGGAGCCCAAUUCCGUGAACUAACCGAUCCACAAAGAGAGCAGAUCGCCGGAGACAUCUUAGUGUUUGCUCAAUCUUCUCCCGACGACAACCUUCUGCUUGUCCAAGCACUGAAGAAAAGAGGGCAUAUAGUUGCAGCCACUGGGAUGGGAAUACAUGAUCCAAAGACACUACGCGAGGCUCAUGUUAGCCUUGCAAUGGGAGUUGGAGGGACCGCAGCAGCAAAAGAGAAUUCCGAUAUCAUUAUACUAGAUGAUAAUUUUGCUACGAUUGUCAAGUGUAUCAUAUGGUCUCGAUCUCUAUACACCAAUGUCCAGAGAUCUAUCCUAUUCCGGCUCACUGUCAGUGUAUCAGCAUUGGCUAUCUGUGUGGUUGAGGUUGUAGUUUAUGACGCAUUUCCACUUAACGUCGUGCAGUUUCUGUGGCUUAAUCUUGUUAUCGACAUCUUAGGAGCAUUAGCGUUGGCAUACAGACCAAGUUCUGGUCACCACUUAAUGGGAAAGCCACCGGUUGGUAUAAGAGAUCCUCUUAUAACCAAGGCGAUGUGGUCCAAGUUGAUAAUACAGGUAAUUUACCUAGUGCUGUCGCUGGUACUCAUAAAUUCUGAGAAGCUACUGAAGCUGAAGCAUGGUCAUACCGGCAAUGCGGAAAAAGUGAUGAACACAUUUGUAUUCAAUUCCUUAGUCUUCUGCCUGGUUUUUAAUGAGUUUGAAAUCCGAAGUGUAGACCAAACCUUCAAACAAAUCCUUAGAGAGAAUAUGUUUCUCGUUACAAUAACCUCAACUAUCAUCUCUCAGAUAAUCGUAAUAGAGUUGGCAGGCUUUUUAAGUUCUUCCACCAGGCUUGACUUGAAAAAAUGGGUGACGACAAGUCUUUUGGGAUUGCUCAGCCAAGUCGCCAAUCGCUACCCUUACCCGGUCAACCAAUAUUACCGUAACUGAAAUGUAUCUUGCCAUAUAGGCGCAAUUACUGUCACUUUCUGAAGCAUUGCUCUAGCGUUGGAUGCUUAGCAGGCUGUUGUUCUCCGCGUGCAUGUGCGUGGGAGCUUAAAUAAUGGUUAUUAUUGUGCUGUGUAUGUAUCAUAGUACAGUUAAUUCAGUCAAUUCAUUUCCUCUCCAAGCUAUAUGUAGUGUGAAAUGUAUCAGAAUCAACCAUUCCUCCUAGGUUUACCGCUAUAGGUGGGUCAAAUCAAUAGCACUACGACAAUCCGAACUGGUUA